AUGUUUCAGCAAUGUCCUCUGACAAGAGAGGGAGCGCUGAACGUCCAUCUAAUUCCUCACUCACACAUGGACGCUGGUUGGGUGAAGACCUUUGACGAAUAUUACUAUGGAACUCGAACUACCGUCAGCUCUGCAAACGUCCAAUUGAUCUUCCAUUCUGUUCUCUCUGAGCUGCUCCACGACAAGAGAAGGAAGUUCACCUUCUCCGAGUCAGCUUACUUCUGGCGCUGGUGGAAAGAACAGAGGCCACUCACCAGGGCGACCUUCAGGAGUUUGGUUCAGGAGGGGAGGGUGGAGUUCGCGGGAGGGGGCUGGGUGCAGAACGACGAGGCGGCGGUGGACUACCUGCAACUGAUUGACCAGUAUACUUGGGGACUCAGAAAACUAAACGACACGCUCGGCAUUUGCGGCAAGCCGAAAGCAGCGUGGCAGAUUGACACCUACGGCCAUACUCGAGAGCAGGCCUCGCUGUUAGCACAGAUGGGCUUCGAUGGACUCUUUAUAGGAAGAGUAGACCAUAAAGAAAGGGAAGCCAUGAUAGAAGAGGACAGAAUGGAGUUCAUGUGGAGAGGCAGCGACGUUUUGGGCAAGAUGUCGGACAUCAUGACGCACACUCUCUUCAACCUGUACAAUGCCCCUGAUGGAUUCUGUUUCGACUUUCUCUGCAAUGAUGAGCCGAUCAUCGACGACCCUGACAACAAAGUUUACAAUGCUGAGAGAAGGGUAAACGACUUCAUAGCCCAAAUAGAGCGGCAAGCCAAGUACUACGACCACGACAACAUCAUGGUGACGAUGGGCGGCGACUUCACGUACCAGAGCGCGGCCAACUGGUUCAUGAAUAUGGACAAGCUUAUCAACCACGUCAACACCCACCCCGCUAACUUGUCAGACAUCAAUAUCUUCUACUCGUCGCCAUCUUGCUAUUUGAAGGCCAUCUACUUGUAUGGGAGAAGGGACAAAGCUAUGUACACUGAAAAAGGGGAUCACGUGCCAUAUGGUAGCGACGCUUCUACGUAUUGGACUGGGUACUACAGUUCUAGACCUACCCUCAAAUAUUUGGCUAGAAGGGCGCAUCUUUUUCUUCAGGUGGUAAAACAGAUCACAGUGAUAGCCCGCACUGGUGACUCUUACGAGUUACACCUCCUCAGACACGCUGUGGCUUUGACGCUCCAUCAUGACGCCAUUACUGGAACAAGUCAGCAACAUGUAGCGAAUGAUUUCACAAGACUCCUGAGCGAGGCGAUGGAUACCUGCAGCAAGAAGGUUUCAAAUCUUUUGAGCUACCUGACGCCAACUUGGGGCAGCAGCAGAAGGUCGAAGAACAAUCAGCAGUUCGUGACGUGCCACCAGAUGAACGUUAGUCAAUGUAGAUUCCUGGAAACUCAAGAUGCUAUUCUCUUGCUGGUGUACAACCCGCUCAGCGUGAAGACGUACCACUACGUGAGACUUCCAGCAAUCGCUCUGCACUACUCCAUCAGGGAUUAUAAUGACGAAGAAGUGGAGUACCAACUAGUGCCUCUCCCGAAGGCGGUCAUCAACGUCCCAGGGAGGACCUCCUCAGCCAUCCAGGAUCUGGUCUUCGAGGCUGAGAACAUCCCUCCUUUAGGGUUCACCGCAUACUACAUCACCCCUGUGAGAGAUCAGUUGGAAGAAAACUCUUACGCUAAGAAACAUUCAGUAUCAAAUUCUGAGGCAGAUAUGGAAGUUAUUCCUUACAUUACUAACGAGUACCUUAGAGUGUCAGUCAACAAGGACACCGGCUUCCUGGAGUCCAUCCAGCACGUGGAUGGAGUUAAGGUCCAGGUGUCCCAGAACUGGUACUACUACAAGCAGGCCCAGCAGACGCUGCAGUCAGGGGCAUAUAGCUUCAGGCCUGAUAGCGAUAGACCCACACCUGUAACCGAAAAAGUGACUUACCACGCGGUCCGAGGGUCUCUAGUCAAGGAGAUCAGGCAGCGCUUCAGCGACUGGAUCACCCAGGUCAUCAGGCUGUAUAGAGGCGAGGAGUUUUUGGAAGUGGAGUGGGUGGUUGGACCAGUGCCUCUUGGCACAGACUUGGGCAAGGAAGUGGUCAGCGUGUUCUCCACCAACAUCACAAACAGCGGGGAGUUCUCCACCGACUCCAAUGGUCGGCAGAUGAUGAGGAGGUCUUGCUGGAAUGAUAGCACUAGCCACCAACAGAAAAAACCGGUAGCCUCAUGCUACUAUCCUGUCACAUCUCGAAUCUGCAUCCAUUCGCUCAACACUAGUGUUGAGUUGUGUGUGUUGACCGACCGAGCGCAAGGAGGCACGUCUUAUAAUGAAGGAGAGAUCGAGCUGAUGGUCCACAGACGGCUUCUGACAGACGAUGGGUUUGGGCUUGAAGAGUCUCUGAAUGAAGAAGCACAUGGAGCUGGUUUAGUGGUGAAAGGGAAACACAGAAUACUCUUUGGAAACUUUAGACAAGAAGUGGACGACUUGACGUUCUCUGAGAGAGUCGCUCACGCUGCUAGAAGAUGGCAGAUGGAACCGUGGCUCUUCUUUGCUUCUGGGGAGAAGAUAAACAGAAGGAAGUGGCAGAACGUUAGGAACAAGAGGUUCUCAUCACUCCGACUUCAUGGGUUGCCUCGGCAUAUCAACAUUCUGACCCUUGAGCCUUGGAAGGCUGGGUCGGUUUUGUUGAGGCUGGAGAAUACUUUGGAGAAACCACUCAGGGGUAACAUGAAAGAAAAGGUAGAAAACCCCGAAGACUUCGCCACCAAAUCUUCCUUCAUCACGGUGGAGCUCCGCAAGAUAUUCCUUCAGAUGCAGAUCAAGAUGAUCCGGGAGACCACCCUCGCUGCCAACCAGUGGCUCGACGAUGCUAGGCAGAUGGACUGGAGUACCAGAUACGUUUACACAGGAGGUGAUGAUGGUAUACUGCCAGAGGAUAACGAUAUGGAUAAGGAAGAAGGAGCAAAGCAAAAUGACGGGGCAGAACCUGUAAAUGAAGAACACUACUCUGACGAAGAUCAGAACUACCGCAAGAAGGCACCGCGUCAGAAAUACUAUUCCGACAAAGUCCGAUCCAAAAUCAGGACUCAAAAACCUAGCUACGAUUAUGAGAGACGGAAGCGCUCCAUCAACAUCACCGAAAACAUCAACGAGAACAUAAUCAACAACACUUUUGAUGACGUCAGAACUGAACUGACCAAUGACGUCAAAUUUAACGAAAGCAUCACCACAGUUAAAGAUACCGAAGUGCCGAUAUUCGUCUACAAUCUGACGACGACAGAAAUGUACAAAAAGGUGACGAAAAAGCCGCAAAGGUUGAGUUUUUGGAGCAAAACGGCGAGGCCGAAUCGGUUUUCGUCUAUAAUGGGGAGGGAUUCGGCGGAGAUCGUUUCGGAGGAAGAAGAUUUCUCGUCGAAUAUGAAGAAGAGGUUGCCUAGACGAAGAAAGAUGAAUAAUGUGAAGAGGACUAGGCCUCCAGCCGUAAGAAACACGGAAAAACAUCUGUUCAAAAUGUUGAAAAACCAAACUUCGAUACUGGAAGCUGAAAACAAUAUUUUGAAACGAAAUGAAGUCGUCAUGAAUCAACAUUUUUCAUACAUCAAUCAGCUUUUGAAGAAUCUGUCCCAAGAAGUGAAUGACGUCAAAUUAGCUAAUGCACAUCAUCUCAAAAUGUUCUACACUAUAACUACAGCUUUAUCUACUGAUGUCAUCAUUUCCAACCUGAGACGUAUUCAAGAAACACUUAUUGACACCAUAACUAACAUCUACCAUGGGCAACUUGACAUACAUUUGAUAUCACCGAGUCAACUGCAGAAUCAGCUGAACAUCAUAUCAGGCCAAUUACAAGGGGAAUUGGUUAUACCUACUGACAACAUAAGAGAUUUGUAUCAACUCCUACAAGUCCACGUAAAAGUGACACAAAGGUAUUUAAUUAUAGAGAUCAAAAUACCACUUCUGAGUCAUGAUCUGUUCGAGCUUAAUAAAAUAAUCCCUAUUCCAUGGAUAAAGUCUGACAGAACUGUUUACAACAUCCCAUCUACCACUUACAUUGCCUUUAACAUGAAAAAGGACUUAAUAAUGCCUAUAAAUGACAAUGACAUGGAUUCAUGCAUAAAAUUCAAAAACUCAAAAUUAUUAUGCUAUGAAACUCAUCCCAUAUACAAUGUGCACUUUGAUCAAUCAUUAUGUGAAUUGAGAUUGUUCACAAGUAACAAUAAACAAACUUACUGCCGUUCAGAGAUAAGACAAUGUACCGACAGGUGGAUCAAAUUACAAUCGUCUGGCGCGUGGCUAUACUCGUGUUGCCGAGAAUGCUCAGUUCGCAUUUUGUGCCCAGCUGGACUCGAGACUAAGUACCUACAAGGGAACGGGGUCAUUGAUAUCGGCCAAGGCUGCGUUCUAAAAGGUGACAUAUUUACAAUACAUGCUCAACAUGACUACUACAAUGAAAUGUACAUACAUAAGGACAUUGACAUACCGGUCCUGCCUAAAUAUACCUCAUCUCUUAACGAUAUGAUAAACACCUCCAUGAACGAAAAGGUGCUAGAUAACCUGGAGAAUCAUGAUCAGUUAUUUGAUGAAAUAAACAAAAGAAUAGAAGUGCUGAAAUCGCAAGAUUUACAACUGCUACAGAACAGCAGUGUCACACACUAUUCUACUAUUUACGCUAUACUGGCGAUGCUGAUAGUCGUCGUCGUCAUUUACAUCGGCUGCAAACUGAAGGGCCGGUGCGUGUUGGCGAGCUGGCGGGACAGAGGCGCGCAGGAAGAGCGCCCUGUCAUCCUCGAGUUGCGAAGCAGCCAGGGUGUCAGUGCCAGUGCUAAUAGUGUCAGUGCAGUGCAUGAUAGUGAACAAAGGUCGAACACAAUAGUGUCGAUGGGUCGUGACAUGAGUGGAUCCGUGUUAAGUGUCGAUAGGGCCACUUCUCCAACUAUGACAAGAACAAUUAAAUUUGAUAAUUUACCUAAACCAUAA